AUGAGCAACUCGGGUGGGGGCUUCCUCUCAAAAUUGAAAGCACUAGAUGCAUAUCCCAAAAUCAAUGAGGACUUCUUUACGAAGACGAUGUCGGGCGGCAUCAUCACGAUCGUGGCCUCAGUUGUGAUGGUUUUGCUAUUCCUAUCCGAGCUACGACUGUACAUGACGACGCAAUCAGUGCAUGAGCUUUCAGUGGAUGUGGGAAGGGGAGAGAAGAUCCAGAUACAUUUCGACCUAACGUUUCCAAAGGUCCCUUGCUCAUGGCUGAGCCUGGACGCGAUGGACAUUAGCGGCGAGCUCCACCUUGAUCUGGACCACGACGUGUAUAAGCAGCGGUUGAGCGCGAACGGGUCGCCCGUCAAGGAGGUAGAAAAGCACAACGUGGAAGCUACGAAGAAAGUGGUGCCUGUGAACGGGACUGAGAACUCAACAGCAACCCCCGUAUGCGGGAGUUGCUACGGGGCGGAGGACAGGCAGGGGGACUGCUGUAACACUUGCGACGAGGUCCGUGCUGCGUACCGGCGCAAGGGCUGGGCACUGGCAAACGUGGACCACAUUGAGCAAUGCGCACAUGACCUGUACACGGAGAGCAUCAAGGAGCAGACUGGGGAGGGCUGCCACAUGUGGGGCAUGCUUGAGGUGAACAAGGUUGCCGGCAACUUCCAUUUUGCCCCGGGGAGAUCAUACCAGCAGGGCAGCAUGCAUGUGCACGACAUUGCCCCUUUCGGUGACGCCGUCAUUGAUUUCCGUCAUACAGUAAAUAAGCUCAGCUUUGGGGCGCCCUAUCCGGGAAUGAAGAACCCGUUGGAUAACGCCAAGGCGGGCUACAAGUCCGCGGCUGCGACGGGCAUGUACCAGUACUUCCUAAAGGUGGUGCCCACUUCCUACACGGGCAUCGACAACAAGACGCUUGCCACCAAUCAGUUUUCGGUCACGGAGAACUUCCGGGAGUCGUCGCAGGGCGGUGCCGGUAAAACCCUACCAGGAGUGUUUUUCUUUUACGAUCUGUCGCCGAUCAAGGUCCGCAUCGUGGAGCACAGUUCGUCCUUUUUGUCGUUCCUGACCAGCGUCUGCGCUAUUGUUGGAGGCGUUUUCACGGUUUCCGGCAUUGUAGACGCGUUCAUAUAUACGAGCACACGCUUGAUACGCAAGAAAAUGGAGCUGGGGAAAUUCAGCUGAUCGGAUCUUUUGAUCGUUUGCAAACGGCUUUGACGGGUUGGGAAGUGAGUUGGCGCUGGGGAUGAGCGUACUGACGAUUUGGCAGUACAGCUGAAGUCGCGGGCCAAAACGUUGGUGUGCAUUGCCAAUGGCCGCAGACACGGCAAGACGACGGCUAUGAUGUGGCAGGCGUUAUGGAUUGGUUUCAAAUGUCAUUAGCACAGGUGCAUGGAUGAAAUGUGGACCCCCUAAAAGAGGUGCUUUUUGUGUGGGUUUUUACGGACUUGGGACCCCCUAAAAGAGGUGCUUUUGUGUGGAUUUUUACGAACAAAUGCCGAUUCGCUCGUAGCAUGCAUCGGGCCACUGUAACAGAGUUUGUCCUUU